UCAAUACUUGGCCGACUUACUGUGUUAUACAUUUAUUGAUGAAAGAAUAUAUUAAAGGUAUGUGUUCAAGAACUAAGUUAAUGCUAUCGUUUUAAGAACUGGAUUUAUUUCCUACCUACAAAAUAAUUUAUCGGUUUUAUAAAGAGUGGGUUGUAAAUUAAAAAUGAAAAAUAUUUCAUAAACAUUUUAAUAUCAAGAAAAUUAUAUUUGGAUUUAAAAAAAGUGGUUCAGAAUGCCUCCUCAGUCAAUGGUGGACCAUAAUUUUAACAAUACCUUGAUACCAGCAGAAGCACCGACUAAAGUGAAAUGUGUCCUCGUCGGCGACGGGGCUGUUGGGAAAACAAGUUUAAUCGUCAGUUAUACCAUAAACGAUUACCCGACGGAAUAUAUGCCGACAGCUUUUGACAAUUACUCCGUUGUGGUGACCGUGAAUGAUAAGCCAAUUCGACUUCAACUUUGUGACACCGCUGGCCAGGAUGAUUUUGACACUUUACGGCCGCUGUGCUAUCCAGAGACAAAUGUGUUCAUGCUGUGUUUUAGCGUGAUGUGUCCGACCUCUUUCCACAACGUGAUUGACAAAUGGGCCCCCGAAAUCAAAAGACAUUGUCCCGAUACUCCCAUCAUACUCGUGGGAACGCAAUGUGACUUAAGAAAUGAUGUAAAAGUUUUAAUAGAGCUUGCACACUAUAAUGAGAAACCAGUAUCUGAGACUGAGGCAAAGAAACUGGCGGAGGAAAUUGGAGCAAUAGACUAUGUCGAGUGCUCAGCACUGACCCAGAAAAACUUGAAAGAAGUGUUUGACUUAGCAAUAUUAUCAUCACUGGACAUGUUAAAGAAACCAAAGUCAAUAAAAAGAAACAAAAGUUUCAGAAAGUCUAAAAAAGAUAAGAAAAGGAGUGAAAGACUUGCUCAACCUGUGCUUCCAUUAAGACCUCUUUCGGAUUGUAGUGUGAAAAGAGUUGGAUGGAAACGAUUUUGCUGUUUUUUAUAACCAUCUGUGUUGUGCGACAUUGAAACGCCAGCUGAGCUUAUGCUUCUAGAUACGCGCCGAGCUUUGGGUGUGGAUGGUUGUGUUGAACAUUACACCGGGAAUAAGCAAUAACUUACAAAAUUGUUCAUAACUAUGAGUCUUUAUCUUGUAUAAAUGAGUCGCACCUUCUCUGAUGUAAUUUAUUACAAUGUCUUUCAAAUGUUAAUAUGAUCAAAUGUGAGAGUGGAAAUUAGUUAAUUAUUUGUUAAUCGAGUGACAAAAAAAACGAAUGUAAUUGUGUGAAAUGUGUUCUAUGUGUAGAGAGUUUGGUUUAUGGUGUGUAUGUGUGAGGGGUUGCUAAAGAAAGCUUAGAAAUCUGGGAGAAUGUUGCCUUUUUUAUAUGUGAUCCUAUCCGUUAUAUGUAUGAAUCAUUCUGUAUUCAGUUCUUUGUCUACAGUUUUAUCUGAACAAUUUAGACUAUUCCCUGUUUUGUUUAGUUUAAUGCUUUUGUACUUUUAUUAGAUUUUUUUCCGUUUAACUUGGUGCUUUUUCGUUUUAGAUACUGCAAUUGCAUAUAUUUUUAAAUUUUAUUUUGCAUGCACCAUUGACUGUCCUCUAAAUCCUUUAGAUGUUUAGAUGCAUAGUUUAUUGCACAAAAUUGAAAUAAAAUGUGUGUUUUUAUUUUCGUAAGAUUUCAAUAAUAUAAUGGUGGUAGAACGGACAAACACAACAUUGUGUUUAAUGGUGGCUGGGAAUAAUGUAUAUCAGCUAACACUUGUUGACAUAUCCUUGUAUAGAAGGCUGAAGUGUUUCACUUAUACACUAAUCGACACUGUUGAUUCUGUAAACUAUAGUUUACGACAAGAAUUUAACACCGUUUGUACACAAACACAACACUAACAACAACAAAUAAGAAAAUGUUUCCAAUAUAGAUGACAAACAAGACUAUGGUAUAUCUUGUGAUCAGGGAAAUAUUGGCUAAAAUAACACCUGUGAUUAUUAAAAUGUAUAAAGCUACUGAUCUGCCGGUUAUAAUUUACAAAAUAAUUGUUUGAAUUUUGAAAAAGAAUAAUUCAGAAAUACCUGUAUGAAAGAAAUGUGUUUGUAUAAUUUCUUAAGUGCGGUUGACGCAUGCACAAAACACAUUGUCAAGCGAUUAAACCGCUACUUAAAAUUGCAGCAUAAUAUUUUUUUCGAAACAUUUUAUUCAGUUUUGGUAGAAUAUACAUGUAUGUUAAAUAUCAGACAUUCUUUUUUUUCAAUAACCGACCAUAAGGUCAUGGAAACAACGUAAAGAUGUUUCCUCAGAAACAGAUUUAUACCCUUCUUAAUGACUGACUUUUGUACAAAAUUUAUUUAAAAAAACAACACUCAAACAUGUAUAAGGCGUUUAUAUGAGGCGAUAUAAAGCUCUUUGUUUAUUUAUAAAGUGUUUGUGAGAUAAGAUAUUUUUAUACAGUGUGUUUUAUCACAGUCGCAUGGUCUUUUCAAAUUAACUGAGGAAAGUCCCUGUAGUUCAUUACAAUGAACUACCUUCUAAUGAAAUAUUUAUGCAAUCAUAUUGAAUUAAUACGAGUGACUUGAAUGUAAAUUGUUUCACCCUGGACUUUUACGUAGAUUAUAGCGUUGGUUAGUUAUAAACACGAUAUGUUAUUAAAGAUACUCUACCUUGAUAAAUCUAGUUUAAAUCAUUUGCAUCACAUUUUAGUCAGAUUUGCGUUAAUUCUACGUCAGAAAAGGUUGUUAUUUAUUUAUACACGACCAAUAAUGCCUUUAAGGUUGAAACACAUUUUUGUAUUUUCGAAGUUACUGCAGAUUACUUACACAAGGUGUAUUUUAGCUUACCAUACGAAAGGAUAAUGAUUUUUUAUGACAUUUAUUGUUCUUGUGAAUAUUUAUUUCUUCAUCUAUUCAAUUAUAUAGUAAAUGACAAAUUUUCGCCAUAACACCUGGGUCACCAUCCAAUUGUAUGUCUCAAUAACAGUGACAUGCUGAUAUGGAGAUUUAAUUUAAGAUAAUAAAAGUCUCUAGAUUUUAAAAUACAAGUUAUAAUUUAUAAAAAAUGUAUUGGUUUGGAAAUUGACUGUAAUCUUGUGUACAUGAGUGGCAGAAAUUCCAUAUAUACCCCGGUGGUUUGGAUCAUCAUCUUCAGCUAUAUCGCUGAUAACAGGCGGUUCUAUAUUACCCCCUGAACUCAUUUCAAUAUCUUCAAUUAUUAUUUGUUGUUGAAUCAAAUCAGAGGGAUAAAUUCCCUCUAUAUCUAACUGCGCAGAAACACUUGUACAGCUGUAAACUUUUGCCGCUUGAAUGGUUAAAUUGGUUAUCUGAAUGUUACCCGAUAACCACCAUGAGCAGGUAUUUUACAAACCGGUACAUAUCAGUUCCUGGCCAUGUCAUUUAUGGAAUAUGCAUGUGGUAAUAGUUGUUAAAGAUGUCUUGGCACCUUGUGAGGAAAAAGGGUUUAAAUGAUCAAUGAAAUUCACUUUCUAUCUGUGUGUAUUUCACAAGAAAUCAAGCUAAAACAGUCACCAUACGGCUGGGAAAAAAACAUUUUGAAGAUUUGGUUUAACGAGAUAUAUAUUUUACCAGAUAUAGUUGUUUAUGAUUCUGACAGAUACAGUUGUCUUAUUGUUAAUUUAUUUUGCUCUUUCUAUUUAAUGUCAGUAAUGGGGUUGUCAAAAAAUCUUAUCAAAUUAAAUUAAUAAUUUAUUUUUGAAAUGUUUUGUUAUUAAAGAAAGGUUCAUAUAAGAAUAAAAAAGAAAGUGGAGAGGGAGUAGUGUGAGAGAGUAAGUUGAGUUGUUGAUCUAGAAAAGUCUUUGAAUAUUCAUUUUAACCGUCUAAAAUUAGACGUAAGAUGUGCGAAAAUAGCGCGCAUUUUUCAAAUUAUGAAGAUUCUAAUUUGUUAAAGCAUUAUGAUUUUAACUUUUUUCAUUUUAUUCAGACAAAAAUGUCCAAAACAGAAUAAAGUGAUUAAAUUACGUUAA